AUGGACGGCUGGCCCUCUCAGCUGCUCGCCUUUGCUCGCCUCGUGGCGGCAGGGCCGUCCGUGUCUGAGGAGCAGAUCCGAGAGCUGCUCGCCUUUGCUCGCCUCGUGGCGGCAGGGCCGUCCGUGUCUGAGGAGCAGAUCCGAGAGCCCUCUCACCUGCUCGCCUCGUGGCAGCUGGAGGCCAGGGAGGUCAUUCUCGCUUCUCCUUUCCCCCAUUUCUCCCUUCUCCCUAACACUUCCCCCCUUCCAUUCCCCUUUCCCCACCUUCCACUCCAUCUUCUCCCCUUCCCCCUUCCACCCUCUUCCCCACCACUCCAGCUAGCAGCAGCCACGUCAUUCGCCGGUUCGCCCUCCUCCCCCUCCGCACCUGCAGUGCGCGAGAAGCCAUCUCUCCCCUUCACCCCCUCCUUCACACUCGAGCACUCACUUUCCCCCUUCCCCCCUUCCCCUCUUCCCUACUUUCCCCCUUCCCCCUCCUUACCUUCUCCCCAGCUAGCAGCAGCCACAUCAUUCGCCGGUUCACCCUCCUCCCCCUCGGCACCUGCAGUCCGCGAGAAGCCGUCUCUCCCCUUCACCCCCUCAUUCUCCCUCGAGCACGAGCUGGAGGCCAGGGAGGUCAUUCCCGCUGCUUGCCGGCUGGCCCUGGCUGGCUACUCCACCACUCUUCAGGAGGGUGAGGCACUAUUGGAGGGCAACAGCGAUGAUUAUCUGGAGGACGAUGGCGAGCAGCGGGUGCGCAUGAUGACUGCUGCUGCCCUGAGGAGCAGUGAGAGGCGCAUUCUGCUCCGAACAGACUUCGUGAGUCACUACUCUUCCUUUGUCUCGCUCUCGCGCUCGUCCUCUCAUUCUCUUUCUCACCUGCUGCUGCUCUAA